AUGACAGCAGCCUCAGCUGCUGAGCCUCCCCACUUUGCUUCUGCAUCAGCUGAGGCAGCUUCAGGUGCGCAUGCGGUUGCUGCAGCUCCUCCUGCUGUUCAGCUGCCACAACCAUUACAUUUCAACAGCGCUGCUCCCCCUGGACCCAUCUUUCAAUCCCCACAACCACUGCAAUUCCACGCUUAUUCUCAGGCGAAUCCUUAUCCAGCCGGAACUUUCACUGCGCUGCCACCGCAUCAAUACCAACCUCCCGCCCAUCCUCAUCCUCCUGCGAGUAUGGGCGUUCCACUGCCAUAUUCUUACUAUCCAUCUGGUAUUCAGUUCAAUCAGUUCCGACCUCCAGGCCCUGUCCAGCAACAUCUGGGAUCAUUGGGCAACUUUUCAUUCAAUGAUAACAGGCGUCAUGAUUCCACAGGAGGCGGAUCGAGAGCAGCCAGCAGUACCGACCAUUUUCAAGAAGUCAAGAGAUUGAAGACAUAUGCUGCCGAAGUCUGCAGGAGCAAAGGGUUACCUGAAAACAGCUUAGAGGAAUUUGCUACUAUCAAUGAUAUCAAACUGAUGAUGAUCAAGCUCAUGGCUGAGUUGUCGUGCUUUCAUAAGAAGGUUCAAGCAGCCGAAGCAGCCAAGGUGCUCGAAUCGCUGGACUUUGAGUGUUCCUUAGCUGAUCGCCUUCGUGCAUGCUUACUGUCACCUAAUUUGACAGCAUAUGUCACUGAUCUUUCAGCAAAAAUCUAUGAUUUCUCCAAGAAAAAUCCAUCGGUCUUCAAAAUCCCUGUGGAAGCACUGCAGGACUCUGAUGCUAUGGAUCGGCUUGAUGUACUAAUGAAGAAGAUACUGACAGCACAGCAGGGAAAUAUGAAACAGAAGCUUAUUGCAUCAAUCAAGAAAUGUUCAGAUCUAAGCACACUGGCCCGCAGUCUUGCAGGCAACUGCACAGAGCUCACAAUGGCGCACUGGGCCCGGAUCGCAUUCAUGCGAUCUCUCCUAAUUGACUUCCGAACAUUAUGUUCUCGCCAGAAGACUACUAGCGCUCAACCCGAAGAAGCAUCAACAGGUCCAAGCCCGCAGCCCCAGCCUGAGACUGAUGAAGGUGGUGACAAUAACAUACCAAUUGGUGCUACUGCCAGUGCGAGCCAUGGACUUGGAGAGGAUGGGGAGGAUGAUAAUGACAAUGAGGAGGAGCGCACCUGGUCUUUUAGCCAGUAUUGGGAGUACCUUGAUAAGGUUCUUGACAAGCUUAAAGAGGAGGCUCGACAAAAGCAUGCGUUUCCUCAAGCACGCGCUGAUUAUAUCAAACAAUUUUUCACCGAAUGUCUUUAG